CGAACACACAGUGCAAAUGUAUCGUUGAGAAUCAGCUUGUUGCAUAUAUACAUCACUUGUCGCCCAUAGGACCAUGGUUCAUUUAACACAAUUCGCAGGUCUGAUUAUUGGCCUCUGCCUUUUACAAAUUAUCCUGGGUCAGAGGAAUUCAAUUGACUUUGGAGUGGGUCGCGGCAGAGGUGGUGGGAUCAGGGGUGAUAUUGGCUGGACCAGGCGUGGUCGUCGUGGAUCAAGAUCAAGAAUCGGAGGCAGCUUGGACACCAAUGGAAAUUGGGGGAUAAGUGCAGGGUUCUCGUGGAGACGCCGGAGGGCUUUGAGGUUUGAUCAGGAUACUGAAAGCUUUCAUGUAAAGCUUAUGGCUGAUCCCUGCGCGUUUGACUUCUACGAUCAAGAUAAAGAUGGCAGCAUUUCAACCGUUGAGAUGUGGUCGGUAUUUGGAAAUACGACCGAGGCUAACAUGCUCUUUUAUGCUUUGAACAAAGGAAUAGUUGACGAUACAAUUAGCAAAGACGAGUUUGUUACUCUUGCUCCGAUCCUGAUCGACGACUGCUUCCAGAAUAGGUUUAACAGUGCAAGGAAUGGACAAUAAUUGGGAAUAAAUUUCACUCAAAUCGAUUAAACUCUACUCAAUUACAAUGAUAUUUGCUCUUACCACUUAAUUAGAUUAAAGUUGAUCUGUUACAAUAUUAGUUGUUUUUACCAUGAACAGAAUAUGUUUUAUAACAGUUUAGUUUGAUCCUUAUAUCAGAUUGUGUCGUCAUAUAUAUUAUCUAUGCGUUAGAUGAUAGCCAUUCUCAUUCAUCAGAUGUUUGAUAAUGAUUAAACUGUGGAACACGUAGCAUCAUCACUCUGGUGUACGAGAAUGGUAAUAGCUUGGUCCUAGGUUUCCCAACCUGCCCUGUUCGUUAAUACCGACUCUUAUCAUUAUUGGGGAAUCAUUCUUAUUAUUUAUCACUCCUUGAGAUAACACUUAUGAACACUUUCGACCAUUUAACCAUAAUCGAGUUUGUUAGUAAAAUGAACUCAUUUUGGUAGAUAAAACAUAGGUUAUUGGAAAUAACUAUUUACCAUAUAUUUUCAUAUUUUAGUAUGUGGAAGUAAAUUUUACUAAAACAUGUAACAUCUAAUAGUUGUUCCAAGUUUUAUGCUUUGUAAAUGUUACCAUUAAACAUGCACGCCAUCUAUAUAGGUACUCGACGUCGAGGGUUGUCGGGAGGAUAAAAACAAUUUAAGAUAGUUGGCACGGACUGAUUAUUGUCUAGAGUAUAUUGUAUUUUAUCUUCGACGAACGGACAUCCAUGCAUCAUAUGUAAAAAAUUGUUUCCAGCUGAAUACAACGAUCACGAUUUUU